GGUGACGAGAACUUUGUGACCUGAAGGCUGUAUGUAGCCUGUAGUGCAAUCGGCGAUUUACUUUGGACCUGCUGAAGUGAACAUGGAGCAGUCGACAGUUUUGUAAUCUGUGGUUAAGUGCGUGGAGAUUCCAGAAAAUCACUGCACAAUGAUAACUGAAACUGUGGCCAUCAUCACAACACUGGUUGUUGUUCUGGGCAUCUGCAAACUUUUCCUGCCGUCGGCAAAGAUUAAUCCCCAAGACAAAGCUGUCCUGAUCACUGGCUGUGACACUGGCUUCGGACAUGAGCUGGCCAAGUGCUUGCACAGUCUAGGCUUUGUGGUGUUCGCCGGCUGUCUGGACGUGCAGGGAGAGGGCGCCCUUCGGCUGAAGGAUGUUCCAUCUGAGUCAGGGGGCAGAGCCUCCAAGAAACUGCACGUGAUUCAGAUGGAUGUGACGAAGGAGGACCAAGUAUCUGAUGCGGUACAGACAGUGUUGUCACUUCUUCCAAAGUCAACAGGCCUGUGGGCAAUUGUUAACAACGCUGGCAUCUCCACAUUUGGGGAUGUUGAGUUUUGUGGACUGGAUGUGUAUCAGCGUGUUGCUAAUGUCAAUCUGUGGGGGGCAAUACGUGUCUGUAAGGCAUUUCUACCACUGCUGCGGAAGACAAAAGGGCGUGUUGUGAAUGUGACGAGUGUGCUAGGUCGCCAAGCAUCAAUGGGGCGGUCAUGUUACGUAGCAACAAAGCAUGCCCUCGAAGGAUUUACACAAUGUCUACGCUAUGAAAUGCGUAACUGGGAUGUCAAAACUGUCAUUGUUGAACCAGGCAACUUUAUCGGCGCAACCGGCAUCUUCACCCAGGAUAAAAUUGACCACAUUGCCGAGGAAAUGUGGAGGAGUAUGUCGGAAGAAGUGAAAGAGUCGUACGGAGAGGACUUUUUCCAGUCUCGCGUUCAGAGGAUGCGAUUCUUCACUCGCACUGGAAACACUAAUACGCAGCCGGUGCUCGACGCAAUGAUAGAUGCUGUUACUGAUGAGAUCCCUCGAGUUAGAUACGAGCCAAAAACACUGUAUUGGCACAUAAGGACUUUUGUAAUGACUCUUCUACCUCAUCGAGUUGGAGAUUAUUUUUAUCAUGCAAACUAAAAAAAUAAAUAAAUAAAAAUAUCAGCGAGGUAUGCAUCUUAGUUAUAUUAAUUAUUUAUUCAUGUUUAGGAUUUUGUCAGUGUUAUGGAUUUAUUUUACCAUCUUUUCCGCCACCUCGAGGGACUUGUAAGUAUAUAGGUAACCAGUUGUCGGAGUUUUAUGGCAAUGGUGCCCCCAACUUAAUGUUAUGACAAUAACUUUUAGGCCAAUGCGACCAACCAGCAUGAAAACCAAGGACCAGACCAAUAGGCCUGCCCAGUAUGGUGUGCAUGGGACAGCCUGUCCGUGUCACAAGAGUAUAACGGUAGUUAUUUUAAAUUAGCCACAUCUCAGUCAUUUCGGAAACAAAUGAAAUUUAUAUAUUUGUUUAUUGAUGUAAAGUUAUUUAUACACAGUAACCCAUUCAACUGCAGUUGCUUUUCAAGGGCCCGUGUUAUUAAAAAGAACCCAUGGUUGUGUUAAAAAAAUGAUGUGAAAGUAAAACAGUAACUAAAACAUUCACCACAACAACCAAGUAAAAAUAGUAAUCAGCCACCCAAGGUAAAAUAACAAUUUCAUUGCAAAAAUAAGCAAAAUGCAAUAGAAUUAAAACCACCAAAAACCAGAUAAAAUUAAAAUUGUAUUUAAACAAUUUACGAAGAUGAACAAAUGAUGUAAAAAUAAAGCCUUUAAAAGCAAUCACAACAAAAGAAGAAAAUUUACAGAAGAAAAAGUACUGCCCCUGAUGUAACAGUGAAACUAAACAGAACCGAAGAAAAUUUGAAUGAGCCACUCACUGAUAAUAGUUGAACCCGAAAAGGAAAAUACGUGUACAGAUUAAUCAUAUAAAAGCAAUAGCAACAGUAAAAAUUUUAAAUAAAUUAAAAAGAAAGACUCAAAAUAGAUAGAUAGAUUCAAAACAUAUAAAUACAACAUAUAAGUUUUUGAAACCAAACAAACUUUCCAGAUGAAGUCCUGAUAUAAAAAGCAGGAGUGAGGAGUAAAUUUUCAAGAUGCCAGUGUCACUUAAAUAUGUAUCUUAAAACUUUGUAGACUUGAUUGAACACUGACAUGCUAGGAGUUUCAAGUCGUCGCACCUCUAUAUUGAAACUUUGUUUAAGGGACUCAGUGCUUGACUUUGGCACUGAAACACACACGAUUGCUUCUCCUCAGUGCGUAAUUUGAAUGGAAAAAUCAAACUUAUCUUUCAAGUACUGCGACAUGGAUAAUUUUAUACGUCAUAAUAGCAUCAUAUUGGUUCAUGAAUCUUCUUGCACUGAGUGGGAUCCAGUUCAAUUCUCUUAGAUUCACACUACUUGGAACAUUCCAGUCAGCAUUUCUCAUGAUACGGGCACCUCUGUUUUGGAGUUUUUGUAGUUAAGUUUGGAUUGUGGAUCCACAGUUUCCUCACAUUACGUCCGAAUUGUCAAAUAAUUGUGAUGAAACAAUAACAUUGUAUGGAAGGUUGUGAGUAACAAUGGUCUGUGAGACUAUGUUUUUGACCUUAAGAACGUGGAUCCCCAUAAGAGCCUUUUUCCACACAUGAUCAAUAUGCUCGCUCCAGAAAGAUUUUCGUCAACAAUAACUCCAAGAUACUAACAUUUUUUACUCUAUUUAAUGGUGUUACGUUAAGUUUGAUGUUAAAAUCAGUCUCAGGCAAGUUACGAAGUCUUGAUUUGCUACCCAGUAAAAUUAGUGCUGCACUGUCUUAUUAACAUUUAGACUAAGUUUAUUUUUGUUUAACCAACUUGUGACAUUGAUUAGAUCAGCAUUAGUUGCCCUAAUAAGCUCAGUGACAUCCAUGCUGGCUUAAUAUAGGACUGUAUCAUGUGCAUACAUGCUGAUCUUACAGUUGCUAACAUUGUUAGGGAAGUCAUUGAUAUAGAUAAUAAACAGAAGGGGAGGAAAGAAUUGACCCUUGUGGUACCCUGCAACGUA